GGGGGGGGUGGGCCUGCGUGAACCCUCGCGGCUGCCGUCGGGGCGCGCGUGCGCUCGGGGGCGCGCGGGGCGGCGGGCACGCGGCGGCGGCAGGCCGGCACCAUGGCGGACUACCUCAUCAGCGGCGGCACCGGCUACGUGCCCGACGACGGGCUGACGGCGCAGCAGCUUUUCAGCUGCGGUGAUGGGCUCACCUACAACGACUUCCUCAUCCUCCCGGGGUACAUCGACUUCACGGCGGACCAGGUGGACCUGACCUCGGCGCUGACCAAGAGGAUCACCCUAAAAACCCCGCUGGUCUCCUCCCCCAUGGACACGGUCACCGAGGCCGGCAUGGCCAUCGCCAUGGCGCUCACCGGGGGGAUUGGGUUCAUCCACCACAACUGCACCCCGGAGUUCCAGGCCAACGAAGUGCGGAAGGUGAAGAAAUACGAGCAAGGAUUCAUCACAGAUCCCGUGGUGCUGAGCCCCAACGACCGAGUGCGAGAUGUGUUCGAAGCAAAAGCUCGUCAUGGAUUCUGUGGGAUUCCCAUCACGGACAAUGGGAAGAUGGGGGGCAAGCUGGUUGGGAUCAUCUCGUCUCGAGAUAUUGAUUUCCUGAAAGAGUCGGAGCAUGACUUGCCUCUUGGCGAGAUUAUGACAAAGCGGGAGGAUCUUGUUGUAGCCCCGGCUGGCGUAAUGUUGAAAGAAGCGAAUGAAAUUCUGCAAAGGAGUAAAAAAGGCAAGCUGCCAAUUGUUAAUGAAGAUGAUGAGCUGGUCGCUAUAAUUGCCCGCACUGAUCUUAAGAAGAACCGGGACUACCCUCUGGCUUCUAAGGAUUCCAAGAAGCAGCUGCUCUGUGGUGCCGCUAUUGGGACCCACGAAGAUGACAAAUACCGGCUGGACCUCCUGGUGCAGGCUGGCGUGGAUGUGGUUGUGCUGGAUUCCUCUCAGGGGAACUCCAUCUUCCAGAUCAAUAUGAUAAAAUAUAUUAAGGAGAAAUAUCCCAACCUACAAGUUAUUGGAGGAAAUGUUGUGACUGCUGCUCAGGCCAAGAACCUCAUUGACGCAGGGGUCGAUGCCCUGAGAGUCGGGAUGGGCAGUGGCUCCAUCUGCAUCACACAGGAAGUGCUGGCGUGCGGCCGUCCCCAGGCCACGGCGGUGUACAAGGUGUCUGAAUACGCCCGGAGGUUCGGCGUCCCCGUGAUUGCAGACGGAGGGAUCCAGACGGUUGGGCACAUCGCCAAGGCCCUCGCGCUUGGGGCCUCCACAGUGAUGAUGGGCUCUCUCCUGGCUGCCACCACGGAAGCCCCAGGCGAGUACUUCUUCUCGGAUGGAAUUAGGCUGAAGAAAUACCGCGGCAUGGGCUCACUAGAUGCCAUGGACAAGAACUUGGGCAGCCAGAACCGGUAUUUUAGUGAGACAGACAAAAUCAAAGUGGCCCAGGGAGUCUCGGGCGCAGUGCAGGACAAGGGCUCUAUCCACAAGUUCAUUCCGUACCUGAUUGCUGGGAUCCAGCAUUCCUGCCAGGACAUUGGUGCCAAGAGCCUGACCCAAGUCCGAGCCAUGAUGUACUCGGGCGAGCUGAAGUUUGAGAAGAGGACGACAUCUGCCCAGGUGGAAGGAGGGGUGCAUGGCCUCCACUCGUAUGAGAAGCGCCUCUUCUGAAGGAGGUCCGUCUGUGUCUGUCAUCGUGCCACUUAGCCCUGCGCCACCCCGUGCGGGAGCUGCUCUUGCUGCAGACGUGCCAUUGCUCUGUGGGCUGCGUGGAGCUCCCUGUGUCCCUUGGCUGCUUCAUCACCACGCGGAGGGCCCACUUGCCCCCCCCCCCCGGAGUAGUGAUCCUGGGCUGGUGGGUGGAGCCUUGCACGUGUUGGCCGUGUUUUACAAUAAAAGAGGAAAAUACGUGCAA